CGUGCCACAGAGCGAGGGGAGUUGAGAUAUAAGGUCAAAACACUCACCUGGCGCUCAUCCAGAUCGCAUUGGAUAGGGACGUCGAGAUGUUUGGGUUUGGCAAAAAGAACGACGCUGGGGCCUCUCCUACCACUUCAGACCACGAUGCUGAGCCGGGAGUCAAAAACGAGGCGAAUAACUUCUAUGAUCCGAAUAUCAUUUCGAACAGCGCAAAUGGCACCGGAGGCGAAUAUGACGAACUCCAUGUCGCGUGCCCACCCCAUACCACGGAGAAAAAGCUCAUGGCAAAGAUCGAUUUGCGCGUGAUCCCCUUCUUGUGUAUCCUAUACCUCCUUGCCUUCCUCGAUCGAGUCAAUAUCGCGAAUGCCCGCUCCUUUGGACUGAUCAAAGAUCUCGGGUUGAUCAAUACUGAAUACAAUACCGCGUUGACGAUCUUCUUCGUCCCUUAUGUGGCUUUUGAGAUCCCGUCAAACGUGCUCAUGAAGAAACUCAAGCCCCACGUUUGGCUUUCAGGAUGCAUGUUUAUGUUUGGACUCGUUACUGUCUGCCAGGGUUUGGUGCAUAACUACUCUGGUCUUUUAGCUACUCGAUUCUUCUUGUGGUUUUUUGAGAGGGAUAGAUCACCUGUGGAUAUCGGGUUGAGUGAGUAUGAGAAGACGGAGUUGGGGGAUAUGAGUCCAGAUUACCGAUAUCUGCUUUAAUCCGACAGCCGUGCGAGUGAAAUGAAGUAGAAAAAAACAAUGAAAGGGGAAAUAUAGAGACGGCCGGAGAAGUAGGUUGUAAGGAUGAGGUAAAUGUAAAGACUUCGACUUUGAAUUUGCCCUGUUGUCCAGAGAUGAACAUAAUCCCAAGAUUAACCUGACCCACCUCGACUCAACCCAGCUCAGGUCGACGUGCAGCAACACCCCG